AUGAAGGCUUCUAUCGGAGCCUUGGCGCUCCUGUUGGCCCAGCAGGCCAGCGCUGCCUACAUCCCUACCGGCAGUACCAAGGGCAGCGCCUUAGUCCGCCGUCAAUGGGAUGGUUUCAACGGAGGAGAUCAAACCGUUGACCCCGGGUACAAUCAACCACCACCCUGCCCCGAGUGUGAAGCUCAGUGCCCCGGUGGAAACUGUGGUGGAGGAUAUGAACCAGAGCCUCAGUGCCCUGGUGGAAACUGCGGCGGCGGUGGUGUUCCUCAGUGUCCUGACGGCAACUGCGGAGGAAAUGGUGACGGUGGCAUCAUUGGAGGUGGUGGUAUUAUUGGAGGUGGUGGCAUCAUUGGAGGAGGAGGAGGCGGCGACUGCUGGGGUGGAAAUGGUGGACAACCUCCUGCCUGCUUCCCUGUUCCAGGCAACCAACCUCCGGAUUGUACACCCGAACAACAUGGUGGCUUUGAUUUUAUUGACCUCAUUGAAGGUGCCAUCGAGUUCUUCGGCGGUUGCGACUUCUCUGGCUGGACUUGCGUGGAUGGGAUUGUUAAGGGGGCUUUGGAGGUCACUGGGAAGGUCAUCACUGCUGUGCUCGGAGCAGGUGGAGACAACAUCCCCACCAUCUCUAAGCCCAGCGGUGGAUUGACCAUUACUUCUCUUGUGGUUCAUGCUGAGGUUAAAGUCGAGAUUGUCCUCGAGUUUACCAUGAAGGAUGGUUCUAUAUGCCGACAGUUUGCAACCUGCUCACCUGCUGGUGAAACCAUCAUUAACGAACAGUGUGCUGGUGCUGUUAGCGUGGGUUUCCGUCUCUCAGUCACGAGUCAUGUCAGUGUCUGCGCAGUUGCUAUCACGAAGAUUAAUUUCGGCUGCGAACCACCAACCAUCCCAACCUGGCCAUCCCCACCACUUCCAUCCCCAACUACCAGCCUCCCGCCACCAGAGACGUCAGGUGGAUACACUACCAUUCCAGGUACCAGCGAGAGCGGUGGCACCAGCUUACCCUACACUACCCCCAGCGGCGGUUUCCCAACUAGCAGUGGAGCUGCCCGCCAGAAGUUCCCGACUGCCCAACUGGCUCCACUUCAGUUAUUACGAUUCCUGUCACCACAACUGUCUGCCCUGUCACGACCACCGCAAUUCCUGGACAGCCCGGUCAACCAGGCCAGCCAGGCCAGCCAGGUCAACCAGGCCAGCCAGGUCAGCCAGAACAGCCAGGUCAGCCAGGUCAGCCAGGUCAGCCCGGUCAGCCAGGCCAGCCAGGUCAGCCAGGUCAACCCGGACAGCCAGGCCAGCCAGGUCAACCCGGACAGCCAGGCCAGCCAGGUCAACCCGGACAGCCAGGCCAGCCAGGCCAGCCAGGUCAACCCGGACAGCCAGGCCAGCCAGGUCAACCCGGACAGCCAGGUGCUCCCGCUCCUUAUCCACCAGUCGUUCCCAGAUGAGUUCGCUCAGAAGGUUAUCGACUGUAUCCGCUCUUGGUCAAAAGAUGAGGCGGAGACCCAGGUCGCACUUUCCUUCUUCAUUGGUAUCUGCGUCACUUACGUUCCUCAGAACCCUGGCCUCGUCGACCACCUCCCACCAGGCAUGCCCAUUGCCCCAACUCCCGCUCCAAGUGGCCCAGCUCCUCCAGCGGUCACCCUUACAAUCACACCUACUAUGACUGGAAACCACACUGUUCCCCCAUCGACGAUUGUCGUUCCCUCGAUUACCUUCGCCACUCCUACACCCGGUGCUCCCAGCCAGGCCCCAUACCCUGUUCCUGCCGUUCCCACAUCGGAAGGCGGUUCGGUCCCAACUCCGGCUCCUGGCGGUUCUCCUGGCGGCGCGCCUGCUCCUGCCCCACCAUACGGCAGCACUGGCUUCAUGACCGUCUCUCCUACAGGUGGUGUUCCACACCCAACAUCUACCACCGAGCCCUACAUUGGUGCUGCUUCUAGCGCUGAGGCCUUCCUGUCUCAAUGGGUCAUGAUGGGCAUUACUGCUAUGGUCGGUCUGAUCCAGUUCGCUCUCUAG